AUGAUCGACGAUUUCACUCUCUUCAAUGCAAUCGACAUCGUCCCGGAGAAAGUGCUCCUGGAGAAGAUCACCAUUCUAUCCGAUAAUGAUGAGAACUUUGAUGAUUCCGACGCAGAGAAUUACUCACAUGAUGAGACCUGGAAGGACGAGGCCUAUGCAUUCGAAGAGAGAUACUCUGAUGAGUCCGACUUGGAAGAUGACUCUGAGAAACCAUCCAUCUCAGAGACCAACACUUCCAAUACCAAGAUGGCAGUUCCUCAUUACGCUUUAUGUCAGAAUUGCGAAAAGGAGUUCGAGACUGAUAAGAAUUCCAGCACCGCUUGUCGGUAUCAUCCAAGACGCUCGGAGCCUACAGAUGAGAUGUAUGUGGAUACGUGGGGAGCAGAGCAAUAUGAAUUUGAGAUUGAUUCUGAAGCAAUGAGGGAGGAUUUUCCGGAGAAUUUCGAGUUUACAUGCUGUAGUGCGACCUUGAAGGAUAAUCCACAUGGGUGCGGGGUCGGUUUGCACAUUGAUGGAUCUGCUCAGCGUGAUAAGACGGCGAAGAGGGCUCGUUUAAAUUGA